AUGGAUUUAUUAGGAGAUAUAGUUGAAAAAGAUAAUGAUGAUAGUGAGUUCAACAUUAUAGAGAAAGAUCCGGAUUCCAAAUUAAAUCAACUCUAUGCUAAGACUAAAAAUGGAUUUCCCGAAUUGUAUAAACCUGAAAAGAUAUCAUCAUGGAAACAAAGACUAAAUGAGAAAAGAAGAGCUGAAAAUAUACGAAAACAAAGAUAUCUACCAGACCAAACCGUACCUGUUGAUAUUGCUAAAUCAACAUUUAGGGACAAAGCUAAAGAAGUUUCAGAAGCUAAAUUAAUUCACCAAGAAAAUAUUAAUACGAUUAAAAAUAUGUCAACGGAUGAGAUAUUGAAAGAACGUGAAGAAUUAUUGAAUUCUUUAGACCCAAAGUUGAUUCAAAAUUUAUUAAAAAAUAUUAUUAAACGCUCAAAAACAAAGACAGAUCAAGCACCAUUAUUUGCGGAAAUCGACGGUGCUUCAGGCACUUGGAUUGGUGGCACUAGUGAUUUAAAUGAAUUAACACCAAUGACGGAUAAAGAGAUUAAUGAAGCUCUAGGUGUAAUUAAAGUAGAUGAAAUUGAAGAUAGGAUCUGUACUAAUAAGAAAUCGGUAUCAUUUGCAGAAUUAGAAAGCGACAAAGAAAACUCAACAUAUGAAUAUGAACCAUUAGAUGAUGAUGAUAUUGCUCCUCUAGAUUUUCAGAUUGCUCAAAGUAUUGAUCAUAUGGACAAUGACAAACUUAUGGAAGAUGUUCAUUUUAUGAAAUUCCACAAAAAUGACAACGAUGAAGAAAUAGCAGCUAAAAUUUAUAAAAACUUAUCUAUUAAUGAUCCUGAAUUUAACCAGAAAUUGCAUGAGAAAUUUUUCCCAGAAUUACCAAAAGAAAUCAACAAACUAAAAUGGAUGGAACCUGUUCCUGAGAAAACCUUUGAAAAUACUGCGAUUAAUGAUAUGUCACAAUUAAGAUUCGAUUUCAAGGGUGAUUUAGUUCCACCAACACGUGAAAUAAAUGACACUACACACUCCGCAUUACAUCAUCAUGAAAAUGAUUCACAUCUUGCCGGUUAUACUAUUCCUGAAUUAACUCGUUUAUCGAGAUCCACAUUCCCACAACAAAGAUCUAUUGCUAUACAGACUCUUGGCCGUAUUUUAUAUAAAAUGGGUAAACAAUUAUAUUAUCAAUUGACACCUGAAAUUGACGCUGAGACAUAUAAAGAAUUAGGAGGUACUACAGUGUCAGUGACUAAUCAUUAUUAUGAGAUGCUUUGGGAUCUAAUUAAGGAUUGUAAAGUUAUUGAAUCAAUUGAAGAUGGUAGCGAUGAAAAUAAAACUAAACAUUUGUCAGUUCGAAACUAUUCGAUUGAUGCGUUAUGGCUAUGGAAACAAGGUGGAGGUGAUUUCAGAAAAAGUAAGAUCUUAGAUACGAAAUAA